AUGGUCAAUAGUAUGAAAACUCCGUGUAACACCCCGACAGGAAUUCAAUCACUAUCGAGAACCAAUGAGGUUGAAUCACCACCAACUUCAUUGACAAUGAAUUCAAAGCGAGAAGGGGAUGAUGCUGCAAAAGAGCAGGGCGGCAAUGCUCCGGAAGACUCAGAACGUGCUUCGAAAUGUGCCGCUGAUGAUUUGGAGGGUCAGCGAGAGGUAGUCGAAAAGAAUUUGGUAAGUGUUCGUAAGGAGUUGCUGAAGAAAAUGCUCGAACAACGAGCGGUGUCAGAAGCUAAUGUGGUGGCACGUACGAUUGCAUCAGACAGUUUGGUGGACUAUGACAGUCAGAAAGCGGCAAGCACAAAGGUGCUGAAGAAUUUGCACGAUAAGCCCACAACAACGGUGCAACAAAUCAAAUGUGAAUGCACAUGUCGUGAAGUUUGUGACGACAUCAAAACAAUGCUGAAAGAUGCCACUGAAUUACUCUCGAAGAUUCAAGCGCAUCAAAAUGAACUGGGUGAAAACCUGAAAAAGUUCAUGGAUGAGGCGAAUGCAAAGAGUAAAGUAACAUCAGACAAAAACACUACGACUGAUGAAACUGCGAAAGAAGGCAUCAGUACCGUUGCGUAUGAACGAGCACCAUCUCAGCAAGAGAAACAAGAAGUGUAA